AUGACCGCCCAUAUAACGACCACAUCUGAUCAGCAACAGCAACGGCAUAUGAUUUACAAUAAUCGAACGUAUGUCCGUACAAUGUACACUUCGACAACAAAUCAGUUCUUUCAUCCAUCGUCGAAAUCUUUGCCCAUGUCAUCAGUGAAUGUUUGUGACUAUCUCCUAUACGAAACGAAAUUAGCUGAAGACGUUGGCUCAGCUACAUCAUCAUCGUGUAUUCGUAAUAAUGAACUUUAUGAUAACGCUUAUUCACAUACAUAUGAUAAUCCCAUCGAAUGUCUUGAAAGUUACAAUGUAAAACAAAGUUUAAUCAACUUGCCUCAAGGUAAUAGAAGUCUGAGUGAUAACAUCAAGGAUGAAAACAUAACUAAUGAUGAUGAGGACAAAUAUGGUUCAUCAAAUUCACCUCAUAGUACUUCACCGAUAUUAUUCUAUCUGGAAAAUCGACGUUUAGCAUUAUAUGCCUGUUUAAUAUCAUUUCUUCUCUUAUUUCUUCUCGGUAUUGGAAUAUUUCUACUAUAUCGCUUACUUCGUCCGGUUGUAAUCACUACGACUGUGAAUAAUCACUAUGCGAUGAUGAAUGCGUCUACGAUAUCUCCUACUCUGCUUCGAAUAUUAACACAAUCAACGACACAGAAAUCAAGUACUAGUGUACCAUUUUCAUAUUCGAUGUGUCCACCAGAUCGCUGGGGGAUGUAUUGUAAGAAUAUUUGUAAGCCCUGUGGACUUGGUGUGUGUCAUACAAUAACAGGCCAAUGUAUUUGUCCAGAUGAUAUCUACGGCGAAUUCUGUGAUUUAACCAAAGUCAACGAUAAACCCAAACGUGGCGACAUGAUGAGUUAA